UACAUUAUUUAUAAAUUGACCUCAAUGGAUUCCAUUGAUUUUGAUGCAAUUAUAAGACAUCCAAGAACUAUAAUUCAUAUAGAUGUUGACUGUUUUUAUGCUCAAGUGGAGAUGCUAAGGCAUCCAGAGCUAGAAGGCAAACCUUUGGGAGUACAACAAAAAAAUAUAGUAGUAACAAGCAAUUAUUUGGCACGUGAAUAUGGAAUUAAAAAAUGUAUGUCAGUACAUGAAGCUUUACAGUUAUGUCCAGGGCUGGCCCUGGUGAAUGGUGAAGAUUUAACAAAUUAUCGUCACUUUUCUACUAAAAUAGUGGAGAUACUACAUCAGUUUACUCCAUUAGUUGAAAGAUUGGGUUUAGAUGAUAAUUUUAUGGAUGUAACAUCUAUCGUACAAAAAUAUAUGAAUUCUGGAAAUGAUUCUGAAUUAAAUAUAAGUGUUUCCAUGGAAGAUGAAAGGCCAGUUGGUGAAGUAUUUGGCCCAUCUGAAGAAGAAUGUCCUUGUGGUUGCCAUGCUUGUUUGAUUAUCGCUUCCAAAAUUGCAGCAGAAAUAAGGGAACGAAUUUAUAAAGAAUUACAUGUUACAUGCAGUGCUGGAAUAGCACAUAAUAAACUCCUAGCAAAAUUAGCAGGAUCAUCGCAUAAACCAAACAAACAAACAUUACUAUUUCCGUGCAGUGCACCUUUGUUGUUGUCUAGCAUUGGGUCUGUAUCAAAAAUACCGGGUGUUGGGCAAAAAACUACACAAUUGUUGGUGUCCAAUAAUAUAAAGACAGUGGAUGAUUUGCGUAAAACACCUUUAGAAACAUUGGAAGGAAAAAUUGGUGUUGAUUUAGCGAGAAAAUUGAAAGAUAAUGCCGAAGGCAUCGACGACACUGUUGUCAAACCAACAGGAAAAAAACAGUCCAUAGGCUUAGAAGAUGGCUUCAAGAGCGUUUCUUUAGUAGCUGAAGUAGAAUCACGCUUAGGAGCACUUCUAAGAAGAUUAACAGAGUUAGCCAUGGAAGAUGGAAGAAUUCCUGUUGCUAUGAGAUUAACGGUCAGAAAGCAUGAUUUUAAUAAACCAACUUCGGGUAAAAGAGAAACUCGGCAAUGCGCUUUACCAAAACAUUUAUUGCCUUCCUCAAAGUCUGGCGUUUACGAUCAUGCUAAAAUGCUGGCGUUAGCAAUGAAACUGUUUCAUCGUACUGUCGACGUUUCUAAACCAUUCCAUUUAACUCUUUUAGGAGUUGCUUUCACGAAAUUCGAAGAGAGAUCCUCCGGCAAGAAUAGUAUUACGUCGUUUUUGCGAAAACAAGUCGCUGUUCAAUCUGUUUUAGACAUAAGCUCAGAAGAAGGCGUUCCUGAUGUCAAUUUAGGUUCGCCAAUGAGCGUAAAUCAAGACAGUAACGAUGGUUCUGCGAUGAGUACCACAUCCUCUCCAAUUUCGAAAUCGAUAGGUGCUAACAAUCAGAGUGGUGAUGACGAUGUACUGAAUGAAAUAGAACCAUUACCCAAGAAGACCAGAUUGGAAGUAUGGUUGAGUGGACGCAGAGAAUCUCCAAGCAACGAAAUGGCUGAUCUUAGACUCAGUCCUUCGUCACCGAUGCAACUAUCCCCAAAAAUCGACGCGGCGGUUCUUAAGUCUUUACCUAUCGACAUACAAAGAGAAGUCACCCGUUCUUGGCCAACGACUAGUAAACCAAAACCCAAUAAUAUACUUAAAUACUUUAUAGCCAAUAAGUGACGGAGUUCUGUGGCCUAGAAUAUAAUACAGCCAUCUUUCUGUACACACGUUUACAUUUACAACAUUGGAUGGCAGCACCAUGUGAUACUACGAACUUAAGUUACUGAAUGUUUUAAAUUAAUUUGCGAUUUUCGGUAUUAAACUCCUGUAUACACAUAUUUUCUAGAGCAUUUACAUUAAACGUAUGUUACUACAAAGUAACUGUAUGGUAUAAUUUUGAUCACUUUAUUG